GAAAAUUAACAUAACCUAAAAAAAAUGCGCGGAGGAAACAAAAUUUCAAAUAAAAUUGCUCCAUAAAUAAAACACCAAGCCAAAUACUGAAUUUCAUCAAAGGUACAUAAUGGAUAGUUCAACAGAGGAAUUAUUACUGCAGAAAAUAGAGGAACUCGUCUUUGACGAAGAUAAAAUAGUAACGAAUUCCGUAGUAUGCGAAAAAUUCGACGUGAGCUUAAGGGAAUCCAAGUACAUAUUAAAAAAAUAUAUUUCCGAUGAUAACCUAUAUCCAGGAAAGAUCUCCGUCACAUAUUUAAUUUGUGGCAAAUUAAAAACGGGAGAGUACAACAUACAAAUUGUUGACUCCAUAGAGCUGUAUGAGAAAAAGAAAUCAUUUAGUUUGAUAUCCGAUGAAGUUGUGUACAGUGUACAAAAAAGCAACUCAAUCGAUUUUAACGCUAUUUCUAUAUCAGAAAAAAUUGCCUCAACUUUCCAAGUUCCGAAGGGAAGCAUUAUUGGUGAAAAAUGUUCUGAGCGAUUGGUUAAGUCGAAGGUGUUGCCUCCUCCCCCUGCUCAAAAGAACUUUGAGAAGCCGAAGUCAUCUAUGUUCUUCAAGCCUGUACCAAAGACAGAAGCAAAUUGUGAAAAGAAGCAAAACCAAUCAACUUCAACGAAUAAUUCUAAGAUAAAUACUCAGAAAAAACCUGGGGGUCUUGCAGGUUUUCUCUCCCAAACACCACAAAAUUCAAAUCAUGAAAAUAAACACCAACACAAAUUGUCCUCUUCUGAUGAGGAGCCUAGGGUAACAAAACGACCCAGAAUGGAAAGCAAUGAUCAGGAAGCGGAUAAAGUUGAAGUGAAAGUAGAAAAUGAACCAGAAAGUAGUGAAGUAAUAAAUGAUAAAUCUAAGGAAGCUGUUCCCAAAAAUGAAGUACCUGAAGAGAAUUCUAAUGGUAAAACUUCAGAUGCAAAGCAGCCUUCUAAGAAAGCAAGCAAUAAAAAGAAACAAGAAGGAAAGAAAAGGAAAAGAAUAAUACUUCAAAGUGACUCUGAGGAUGAUCUUUUUGCCAAUGAUGAGGACGAAAAAUUAAAUGUGGAUUCAGAGGAAGAGAAGCCUUUGAUAGCUGAACCUAAAGAGACAAUUCCCAAGAAUAAAAGAAGAAAAGCCGUUGAAAAAGUUUACACAGAUGAUGAAGGAUUUGUUGUUACUAAAACAGAAUAUGUUCUAGUUAGUGCUUCAGAAGAUGAAGAAACUGAAGUUGAAGCUGAGAAACCAAAAGUGGUUAAACCUCAGGAAAAAGAAGAAAAGAAAUCGCCACCGCAAAAACCUACAGCUAAGGGGAAGAAGGGAAAGGCUUUGGCUGGUAAUCAACCUACAUUGAUGAGUUUUUUCAAGAAAAAAUAGUAUGCAUUGAAUAUAGAGGCGUUUUCUUUGAUAUAUGAUCAACAACUAAUGCUAAUAAAAUAUGAAAUUUUUCAUAUUUGGAACAUAUAUGAAAGAAAACAUAUUGUAUUGUUAUACUUUGUAAUGUUUUGGUACACUUAAAUUUUUUCUAUGUGAUGAAGUAUUUAUUAGCUUUUAUUUCAAAUAAAAUAAACUGAUAUUGUUUUUCCAAUUAGUGUCUUAAGAUCUGUCUUGAUCGAAAAUUAUUUACAUAUUUUCAAUGAAGAUUUGUUGUUACUGUUGUGCCAGAUAAUUCUCUGUAAACUUCUAAUGGGCCCUCACAGUGGUACACCCUGUAAAAGCAAUGUAGGGAUUUCAAAUAGUUUCUUGAACAGUGAUUAUCUCAUACCACCACACCCAUAGUUUUAAGCUGAAUAUUUUUUUAAUAAACUGAAAUCUUAUGGA